UUACUAUUCAUUCUUAUGGUUAUAUUCCUUUUCAAUACGAGUAGUUCCUAGAGUAACAGCUCCCCAAAUCUUCCCCCGGGACCCAGGACCUUACCCAUUUUGGGAAAUCUGCACAUAAUGGAUUUGAAGAGGCCUUAUAAAGCAAUGCUAAAGUUGUCAAAAGAAUAUGGCCCUGUUUUCCGCAUCAAACUGGGAUGCCAGGAAAUGGUGGUGCUGACUGGCUAUGAGAUGGUCAAAGAGGCUCUAGUGGACCAGGCUGAUGCAUUUGCAGAGAGGCCCUUCAUCCCCAUUUUUGAGGACUUUGCAAAGGGCUUUGGUGUUGUUUUUGCUCAUGGUGAUAACUGGAAAGUGAUGCGACGGUUUACAAAAUCCUCAUUAUGGGACUAUGGAAUGGGCAGGAGGAUUGUUAAGGACAAAAUCACCGAAGAGUGCAGUGACUUGACAAAAAAAAAUGAGACUUAUGAAGAAAUGUAA